AGUCAUCACCGUGAGUUUAGGAUUCGUAGGUGGUGUACAGAUGGAUUGCAGAAGUCGUUUGUCUGAGGAUUAAUCUCGAUCGAAGUCCUCUGAGAAAAAGCAUGCACCUCGUGUCUACUGAGCCCUCUAGUUCCGUUCUAGUGUCUCUCCCCGUGGUAGUACCUCUCAGUUUCUGCAAAGGCCAAACUUCCUACCAUGCGAGCUCAAGAGGGUUCUGAGGCGGAUGAAGAGCCGCCGACCUCGUCGGGGUUCGAGCUGCCUCUCACCAGUCAGCCUUUUCUCAAUUGGCAAUUAAAGCGUCCGCCAUGGUGCUUCGCGAUACCGACUCCCGUACUCAUCGCCUUAGCAGUCAUUCUCGCCUGCGAGACUCUCUUUUACGCGGAAUUCCCCGUCUCCUUCAGUCGGCCUCAUGCGGCUGUUAUCGAAUUCGUCGGUGACACUCAUAUCGAGGACCGCGACAGCGCGUGGCUGGCGUCCGUCGAGAUGAAACGGACGAAGCUAAACUUCUCGAAUUCGUGCGUGGACGUUCUGCGCGGUCACUUCGAUACGAAAUUCGCUUAUGCUCUAAGCGGAAAUGACACUGUAGAGGAUCCAACGCCGAGAGUUACAGGCUGUGACGCCAGCCUGUGUUUCGCGAUGCAGCAAUGGGCUCGAUUAGCGAGAGAACGGGAGUUACAGAGUAACCGCAGCAGCAGCGAUCCCGAAGUCCGCUUAUUCGGCUCCGUAGCGAGCUCCUUCUUUCGGGGGAUACUUCCACGCACAUCAGUAGCCGAAAAACACCUGACCUAUCUUAACGACCCGUUAAAAGCCGACCCGCUACCAGAGGAGGAGGUGGAGCGGCAGCAGUCGGCCGGCGUGGGGCAAAUCUGCACGGAGGCGUGGAAGCGGGGCGUGCUGGAGCGGCUGGCGAGCAGCAAAUACGCGCGGCAGAUGCUGGCGGACAACCACACGCGCACGGAGAACAUCACGGCUGGCGUUGACGCCGUGUGCGCGCGGGUGAAGGAGGUGGAGGAGGACCUGCUAAACAGGAGUGGCAGUGGCAGUGGCAGUGGCAGUGGCAGUGGCAGUGGCAGUGGCAGUGGCAGUGGCAGUGGCAGUGGCGGUGGCAGUGGCGGUGGCAGUGGCAGUGGCAGUGGCAGUGGCGGUGGCAGUGGCGGUGGCAGUGGCGGUGGCAGUGGCGGUGGCAGUGCCACAUCAUCAUGUGGUGACUGGCCUGAGGAGUGCUGGCCCGUGCCUCACAUGCCCUUCUCCCUGCUCUCUGACUUCCCCCGGCGCAAGUACCUGGUGUUCGCCAUGUCAGAGGAGCAGCUCAGCAACGCACGCGCCCACAUCAUCGAGGCCGCCCGCCUGGCGCAGAUGUCCAACCGCAUUCUCGUGCUGCCAAAGGCGAGUCGCAGCCACCUGUCUCUGGGCCGCUCGCUCCCCCUGUGCGCCUACUGGGACCUGUCCAAGCUGUCAGCCACCUCGGAGUGGGUCUCCCCGCAGUUCUUCCUGCUGCUCGCCCGCGCUGCUCUCCCCAACCCCUCCGUCGGCUUCGUAUGGGUGCAGUCGCCCUACCUGGGGCGCACGGCCUUCCACUACGAGCUAGCCUCUGGGUUUCUGGGGCAGCUGCUGCCCUUCGCCAUGGGCCACGUGCCUCUGGAGGCCAACACUCUGGACGUGAAGAUGCCUGCGAGGGACGACACCAUGGAGCUCAUGCUCAAGGCGUGGAGCGGCAAGGACGUGGUAGUGUGGUUCAAGACGACGUGGGAGCGAGUGCAGUUCCACCCCACGACGGACGACAUCGCGCUGCCUCUGCUGCCCUACCAGCAGCAGCUGCACGCCCAGGCCCAGCUCCUCCUGGCGCUGCUACCCCGCCCGCUGGUUGCUGUGCACUUCCGCUCCGAAUUCAUCGCCUUCAGAGUGCAAGAGGACAUGCUAGGUCAGGGUGGCUAUGCGAACGCGUCGAUGGUGCAGCAGCGGCUGGACUGGUGCGUGGGUGAGGCGGAGCGCCUCAUCGCCACCGUCCGAGACUCGCUCUCCCACCCCUCCCCUGCUGCUCCUGGGUCCGCUGAUUCACACGCAGCUGACAGCAGCAGCAGCAAUGCCACAAGCACCAGCAGCACUGGUGGCAAUAGCAGUGCCACCAGCAGCAACAGCAGCAGCACCGGUCCAUCCGUGUUCAUAGCAGCGGAUGUGCCGUUCAACGAGUCAACGGCGCCCGCGCGGUCGGACUCGUGGGGCGAGAUGGUGCAGUGGUACGGCGGGGACAGCCGCGUGCUCCAGUCAUCCUCUGCUGCCUUGCACCGGUUGAGGAGGAACGUGACUGGCACUGUGAUGAUCGACGAGCUCAUGCCUGAAGUCAACGCGUUCGACCCAGGCAUCGUGGCCAUCCUCGACAAGCUCGUGUGCGCCCAUGCGGACAUCUUCCUAGCGGGGUCGUGGAACUGUGGGGGCGGCCGGGGGUAUGAGAAUGACAUAGUGAGGCACAGGAGGCUUUUCAACUACUCGGAUGACACGAUGCAAAGGUGGGCAGAGAAGCGUUGAAAGACGAGGAGGCAAGGCCAGCGAAUAAAAGACGUGGAGGCUCAAACUAAGUUGGCCCACCAGGCUCUUUCUUUUUGUGUUACUGUACGAUGCUUGCAUUGGGGAGCAGCAGGCAGGCCACAUGAAGCCCAAUCGGUGAUAGUUGUUAACGUGAGAAGGAAUGAUAACUAGAGAUGGAAACCUAGAACAAAUACUAGUUGGUUGUACUCACUAGAAGCAUACUUUAGUCUAGCCUAUAACUUCUACAUAGCUAAUAUGUAUAAGUUGACAAUAGUAUGGUAUUAUUAAAACCACAUGCUAGAA